AUGGCUCAUGCUGUCCAUACAGGCAUCCACCAGCAAAGAACAUCUACAUUCAAGUUAACCCUGGUGGCCAAUAGUCAAGGCAUGAUCUCAAUCACAUCAAGGCCAGGUGCAGCGGAGCACCUGAUUCUCUGCUUUAGUCUCCUCAAAGCAGUGCAACUGAGGUUGGCAAUUCACGCGGUCACUGCUACCAUAAGAGCCAGUAUGGUUCGCUUGGAUAUUCCUCUAUUGCCAAUCCACAAUGAGAAACUUGUCACUCAUGCAAAUCCUCCUGAAUUAUCUGCUGAUUUCUGA